UGUUAUUACUUUUGGUGAAGAUAUCAUGAUUUUACUUGAAUUUUAUGAUGAUAAGUCUGUUCCUAACCAAGAUAUAUUAGAAUACUUGAAAUUACUUUUAUCGGAUGCAAAAAAAAUUAAAACUGCAUUUGAAGAAACCAUCAGCAGAUUUAGUUCUAUCAAGGAUAGUAUGGAAACUCUUAGUAAAAAGUUAAAUGAUUAUGAUGUAAAUAAAAUGAGCGAUAUUGACAUUGAUGCUAAAAUACACAAAAACUUAAAAAAAGCCAAACCAAAUAAUUUUUUAUAUGGAGCAUCAGCAGCCGCUCUUGUUAUAGGUGGGGUCUGCCUUUGCUUAAGUGGACCAAUAGGAGUAGGAGUGGCAAUAGCAGCGGGAGCUGCAGAAUUAGAAGCGGCAGCUAUUCUAACAUCAGCGGCAGUUUCAGCAGUUUCAGCGACGUCAGUUGCAGCAGGGUCCGCAGGAUUAGACUCAGAAAAAGCUAAAGCAAAAGCUUUACCUAAUUUAGAACAUACUUUAAAAAGAAACAAAAUUAAUUUACAUUCUAAAUUAUCUAGUUUACGAAGCAACGUUUCCCCGAUGAUACUGGCAUUGCAAAAUAUCAAAUCUUUCUAG